UAAGCAUCUGGGAAGGUUUGUUAUUUUCAAUUCCUGACUCCAGCCUUGAAUCAAGAUGAAGUCUAUCAUUGCUAUCCUGGCUAUAUUUUGCUUGGCGGUGUGUAAUGGAGCAGAGGUUGGUUCUGUCAACUACCAGAGAGAAGUGAGCUACAUUUUCUUUGAUGAUGAAGUUGACUGGUACCAGGCACGUCAAAAUUGCAAAAAUAUUGGUGGGAAUCUUGCGACAAUUUCCAAUCAAGCAGCAAAUGACGUCAUCGUGAACUUCUUAGACGCCAAUGGAUUCUUCGGAAGCGAGGAUACUGGGGUAUGGAUUGGCUUAAAUGAUAUCGAUCAAGAAAAUGACUUUCAAUGGGUAGAUGGAUCUACUUGCUCGUAUACGAACUGGGGUAAUGGGGAGCCUGACAACAACAAUAAGCAAAAUCCCGCUGGUCAGGACUGUGGGCAAAUAAGGACUUCGUCCAUGGCUUGGGACGACGACUACUGUGCAUGCAUUAGAGCUAAGGGCUACAUUUGCGAAGUAGAAGUUUGCUAGGCCGCAGAUCAUCUGGAAUGCACCAGUUCGAUGCUGUAACCACAGCACAUCUAUUAAUCAAUGCCGAUAUCACUCCAGUAUAAUGCACAUACACAAAUAUGAAUUUAUAUAUUAAUUAAUUAAUAUCUUUAAUUUUAACUAUUUUUAGUCAUUAAUCCCGGUUAAGCCUUUAAAUUUUAUUGUAAAUGUCCGCAAUGCAAGUAACAGUGUCCAAUUAAAUAAGUUAUCGACUUUCAGUCAUGUAAAUUAAUGAGAAAUAAGAUAAAAGUGAACACCAUGUAUGUUUAA